AGAUCCCAAAUAGUAGUCCAGGGUAUUGCAUCAUUUGGCAUUUUUACACUUGUUCUAGUUAAACUGAUUGUGUUCCGUUCGAAUUCGCACAAUAUUUUCGUUUUCUGGACGGGGAAUCCAAAACUCGCUCAAUCACCACAACAAAUCCCUGCCCGCGUCCGCGUCCCGCCUAAUCGAUCCGAUUAGAGCGGAGGUGGAGGAAGAUGAUGAUGGCGGCGAGUGUGACCCUCGAGAAGGCCCUUCUAAUGACGACAAUUACCAGUGCUGCUGCGGUGUCGAAAACAAUAACAACGACGAGCGUCAGAGUGCAGCACCAUCAGCAUCAGCACAGGCAACAACGGAUGCCCAAAGGGACGGCGCAGUGCGAGGCUAAAUUGAAAGAUCCUUCCAGCGAAGGAUUCAGUAGUGAGCGAGAAGCGAAACCGAACGGAAGUGCCUACAGUGAAGAGAACGUUUUUCAAGAGCAUAGUAUUGAACGAGUCUGUAAUAUCGGUUGGAGAAAGGGACUGUUGAGUGAUAGACGAAGUGUGAGAAGAUACAAUCACGAGUUUGUGAGUUUAGACGGUGGGCUACUAAGCAGUCGAAGAAAUAUGGUGCACACUAAAAAGGCUUCCAACGGCAGUUUGAUCAUCAGCCAGAAUGGAGCAGAUAUUUUAUCUCUUGACAGACACUAUCAUAGUGACACUAAGGACAGUUCGAACGAAAUGGCCAAACUAAUCGAUGGGAAACAAAUCGCUGCCGACAUCCGCAUGGAACUGCGCGAACAGAUUGAGGAAUGGAUGAAGCAAGGUGGUAAUCGUGCUCCGCACUUGACUGCCAUUCUGAUUGGGGAGGAUCCCGCUAGUAACACUUAUGUUUCGAACAAAAUGAAGGCCGCAGCCGAUGUCGGCAUCACUAGCAAAACCGAACGCUACUCGGCGGACAUUACCGAAGAGCAGCUGUUGAAGCGUAUCGAAGAGCUGAACCAGGACGACUCCGUGGACGGAAUUCUGGUGCAGCUUCCCGUGCCGGGUCACAUCAACGAGCGCAAGGUGUGCAAUUCGGUGUCCUGCGACAAGGAUGUGGACGGUUUCAACGAACGGAACAUUGGCCGGCUGUGCCUGGAUAUGAACACACUGAUUCCGUGUACCCCGUUGGGCGUUCAGGAACUGAUCAAGCGCACCGAAAUUGAAACUUUCGGAAAAAACGCGGUGGUGGUCGGACGUUCCAAGAACGUCGGUAUGCCAAUCGCCAUGCUGUUGCAUGCCGACGGUCGGAACGAUACCUGCGCCAUGGAUGCCACCGUUACCAUGUGCCACAGGUUUACGCCCCCGGAGGAACUGGCACGGUUCUGCCGGACGGCGGACAUCAUCGUCACGGCAACGGGAGUACCUGGCCUCAUCAAGGCCGAUAUGGUCAAAGAAGGGGCAGCGAUAAUUGAUGUGGGAAUUACCCGGGUGAAGGAUCCCGAAACCGGCAAAAACAAAUUGGUGGGCGACGUGGACUUUGACGAGGUUCGCAAAGUGGCUGGCCACAUUACGCCAGUGCCGGGUGGUGUCGGGCCGAUGACGGUUGCCAUGCUGAUGAAGAACACCUUCAUCGCGGCAAAAAAUUUGGCACACAAAAGGGCUGACAAGGAAAAGUGAGAUAGUAAUAGCAGGACAAUAUAAGUGAUGCUGCGAUGGGAACGGGAGAAGCGAAUCUUAUAAAAAUGUGUUUAUAAGGAAGUAUUUCAGAGAGUUUUCAAUUAUGUUUAAUUGCAUUAAUCAUUAACUUGUAGGCUUAGAGGAUAUGCUUAGUAAUACUAAGAAGCAUUUAUUUAUGUACGCAAAAACAACGUUCGGUUGCAAAAUAUAGCACAAUAGACUUUA